GGCUAGGACGGGGUGCUAACUAAACGGAGUUCGCGAGUAAAAUAAUUUUGUGUCAUGUCUAAGGGAGAGAGCAGUUGUGGCAGAAAGCACAGUAACAAGAGGGAAACAGGGUGCUGAACCACCAUGUUAAACGGUGGCCACUUUGUGGAGGCGCUGGGCCGUCUAGGUUAUCCUGAUGCAUCAUUACUGAAGGCCUCAGAGUUCGACUGGCUGUUUGACUGUGCUCCGGAGAACCUUCACUUCUUGCGCUUUGUCUGUCGGACCCUCAAUGGGAACAAUGUUCUCACCAUGGAGGAGGCACGUGCUUUUCAGGAGCUGCGGAAGUCUGGCAAACCAAUUCUGGAUGAAGCAGCCUUAGGCGAGGUCCUAAAAACCAUUGGCCCUUCAGAUGGGAGCAGUGGAAAUAUCUUGGGCCCCUCCUCUUCAGCUUCAUCCUCUGUGUUUUCAGCAGAGGGCGAUGUAGCCAUAGAAGACUUGGAGGCAGAGCUCCAGGCACUGCGCAGAGAGAAAGAGCUGAAGCAGCGACGCUAUAACAAGUUGCAGGUUGUGGCCACCUCACGUGCAGAUGUUGACCUACGACUCAUUGCAGAGCUGGAGAGCGCUGCAUGUAAGCUAAAGGAGGCCAGCACUUCUGUUGGUGCUGAGAAUGCUGACACCAACACUCUGUUACAAAACCUAACAGAUGAGACUAGUAAACUUUCUUCAUAUCUCCCUGCUCGGCCAGAAACCAAGCAAAAAGAAACAGGAGAGCCUAUGGCCAUAUCAAACCCCUCUGUCUCCAAAAGGGCCACUUUCCUCCUCUCUCAGCUGUCCUUGGAGCCCUAUCUGCACCAGGAGGAGCUCAACACCAAAACACUAGCUGCCUUCACUCAGAAACAUUUCUUCCAAGGCAUAUCUGACAUUGUUGAGACUUCUUGCUCUGAGCGCUUCCAGGUCCUCGACCUCAGUUCUUGUGAAGAUGGAGAGGAAGAGGAGAUAGAGCACGAGGGAAGAGAGAAGGAGGAGCGAGUGGUGGAGCGUAGGAGGACAGAGAUGGCCAGACUUCAGUGGUCUCAUAUUAUGACCCAACACCAACUGCUACAGGCCAUGGCAGAGGAGAGGAGUGUCAAGGCUGGACUGGAUUGGUUCUCAGAGAAGUCCUCUCAUACCAAGAGCAUUUCCACCUCCUCCUCCCUGCAUGUGCGUGAAGUCAUGUCCAGAAAGGAGCUGCAAGCUGUGGAGGCUGAGCUGGAGGCACUGCUUCAUGGACCAGUACCUGUUGCCCUUAGGGAGUCAGCCAGGCUGCUUAAUGUGCCGGUAGUGAGGGGAGACCUGGCUCUGCAACUGGCCAGGCAGGACUACUACACCUCCAGACAGGAUCAGGUUCGUGACUACCUACUCCGUCAGAAGGCAUCCUUCGAUCUGGUCCUUCUGGCUCAGGAAAUGGAGUUGAGGAGGUGGAGGACGUGUCUGAAGCAACUGGGUGAAGUAAACAACAGAAUGGUGAAGGAAGAUGAAGCAGCAGCCCUCAGGAUCGAGUCCCUGGCACACCCUGACCUGGCUAUCAAUCCCAGGCCUAACCCUAUCAUCAGCUGCAAGGAUGCAGCCUUCAGCAGACUGCUCCAGAUCCUCGACCAUAAUUCAGACCAUGGCCGAUCAGAGCCUUUUCGGACAUAUGAAGCUUUGGACCAGGCUGCUUGUGACCUGGCAGGCAACCUCCAGGUGACCCGAGAUGCUCUGGUUGGUGCUGGCCGUGAACAGCACUACACAGCUGCUCGUCUUUAUGGUGACUGUGAGGCCCUCCACAGGGCCAUGUACACAGAGCUUCAGCAGCUGGUCUUAGGGCCACAGGUACGUCCAAUGGCCAUCACUGACCAGGAGCUGCUCUGCCCCAAUGCACAGGAGCUGAUGGUGAAGCUUGUGAAAGCAGAGUCUCAGCUGCAGAGUUUGCAGCAUGUAAUGCAAGAAAUCAUGGGGGAGGUUAAAGCCAAGCGUUCUCAGCUGGAGCGCAAUGCCCUCCUCAGGCGGGAGAGAGAAUUAUACAUCUAUUUUCACUUGGAUGCCCGGCUGUUGCAGAAAGUAGUGGAAGAUCUGGAGGGCAAAAUGGCGGCGAACAGAGGGCAGCAGUAGUUGAACCUACUGGAAUGGAUGGGGAGCUUUUAUAGCCCAGCUGUAAUUAAAGCUUGAUGAGAUGCUGAUCUGGGAAGUACACUGUGUGCCUUCAGUGGAGGAGGUUUACUGAUUAAGCCCUGCUCUGCUGCAAAGUGUGAAACCUACUCAAAAUCUGAACCUUCAGCUGGUUUGUGUGGGAGACGGAGAUCAGUCCCUUGAGUCCUCAUUGACUCAUCUUUGGGCCAGCUCUCAAUUUGGGAGAAAGUUUGGUUGUAUAAGAACAGUGCUGUCUGUGCAACGACUGGGAUUCAUCACUGUGUUUAUUUCAAACAAAUAAUUUUACUAAUUUACUAAUCACAAGAAAAUUGGAAUUCACUGUCUUAUGUUCUAAAAUUUCCUCUUUUAAGUCGUGAAAAAUAAAGUAAAAUGUUUAUCUUUA